UUUCAAUUUCUCUUCUUCUCCAAAUUUCGGCCAUCUCCUUCAUCUUAACCCAAGUUUUCAUGGCUACACAAAGAGAGCACCGCCACCCCGGGCCCAGAAAACGUUCUGUAUUGGUGAUGAGACCUGGAGAACAUCGUGCUGAUAAUGUGUGGAAAAAUGAAGCGUCGAGUGACUUAAAACUGAGGUGCAUUACUUUCCCCAAAUCCGCCAAAGACGAUGGCGAACGUCAUCCUGGAGUCAUACAACUGCUGAGGGCAUCAGGCUUUCAAGGAGCUGAACGAAUAGUAAAAAUCAAAAUUGAUUGGGGUCUUUCACGACAUUAGUUGAGAGGUGGAGACCGGAAACACAUGCUUUCCAUUUAUCUUUUGGCGAGGUAGGCAUUACCUUGCAAGAUGUACAGGUGCUGAUGGGGUUACCGAUUGAUGGUCUCCCACUUACUGGUCCGACGGCACAUAGUAAGACUGAAUGGGUCCAAAUGUGUGAUGAUUAUCUUGGUUUCAGGCCACUUGAAAAAAGAUAUAAUACCAUCCAACACCAUUAGAAAUCUAGCCAUUCAGCGCUUUCCGUUGUCACCGUGGAGCACAGAAAUUGAAAUUAUUCGUCAUACAAAAACGUUGAUUUGGCAGUUGCUCAGUGGGUUGUUGUUCCCUAGCACUUCUGGUAGAGCGUCACUGUACUUUCUUGAGUUCUUGCAUGACAAUUUAGAGAAUAUGACAAUGUGGAGUUGGGGCUCGGCUGUGUUGGCAUUUCUAUACCACAACGUAUGUGAAGCGGCGAAGGCGGACACAUGUUCGAUGGGAGGAUGUUUAAUCCUUUUACAACUUUGGGCAUGGGAGAGGUUGCCGAUGGUUCGACCCCAACAGGUUCUUCCACUAGAUGCAAUAUUUGAUUUGCCUUAUGGUUUUUAUGACAUAAUAUAUUACAUUGUACUAUAUUAUGGUUUUUGUGAUUUGUCCUAUAAGUCGUUAAAUAUAGGUGGGCUUGUGCACAUAACUGGGCCAACCAAGGCACUUCCCAGCCAAUGAUUGACAUCAAUGUCCCCCAUGAUGCUUCAGAUAGUGACGAUGAUCCUGAUUAUAACGCUCUUUCCUUUUCUGAACACAAGAGCAGUUCUGAAGAUAGUGAUGAUAACCCAAACGAUGACGAGGACGAGGAGUUCGUUGAACCCACAUAUCGUGAAGAACAACCCAUAUAUGUGGGUCGUGUAUAUGAUACAUUCGAAGAGUUGAAGCAAGAUGUGUCCUUUCUAAACCUCAAAGAAUUUUGAACUUUUCGUAAUGAGGCGAAACACAUAGAUUAUUGGCGAGCAAAGUGUGUUCAUCAUGAAACUUGUGCGUGGUAUAUUCAAGCACCACACAGUGGAAAGUCAAACAGUAUCAACCGAAACACGAUUGCAUUCCCAACUACACACGAGAAGUUCAACAUCCACG